CAUCCAGUACUUGAACCGUAAGUGAAUUUCUUGAUUUUCUUGCAGGGAAGCAUCUCUCAGCUUUUCUUCAGCUUCAAAGAGAACAUGGCAGUUUUUGCAGUCCUUCUGCUGGCUACUCAGCUGCUGAUGUGCAAAGCAUUCCCAUCAACCCAGUUCCGAAUAGUCGGCUGCGAUGACCCAGAAGUUGAGCAGGCAGCUGCCAUAGCUGUUGACUACAUGAAUGCAAAUCAAAAGCAGGGAUAUAAAUUUGCUCUCAACAGAAUUGAUGAUGUGAAAGUAUUCGCUGCGGGAAAUUUUGGUGAGAUGUUUGAAGUGGAUCUUGAUUUAUUGGAAACAAGAUGCCAUGUCAGCAACCCAACGCCGCUUCAAAACUGCCCUGUCCGACAAAUGGUUGAACAUCCUGUCGAAAGUGACUGUGAGGUGCAUAUGUCAAAAGCAAAUGGUGCUUUCCAGGUGAUGAAUCACAUCUGCAAAACAGUUGCAGAAUCUGCUGAGGAUGUAACAGAUGUCUGCCCCGGCUGUGCCCUUCUUGCCCCACUGAAUGAGAGCAGUGUAGUGCAGGCUGUUGAUGCUGCUCUCCUGAAAUUCAAUCAAGUUGGAAAUCAAGCACACUUAUUCAAACUUGCUGAGGUUGGAAGAGCUAAAAUCCAGAACUUCCCAGCCAAAUCAGUUAUUUUGGAACUGGCCAUUGUGGAAACUAAUUGCCCUGCAAACACACCUAACUCUGUUAUCGCUGACUGUGCUGAACUGACUGCUAUCCCUGCUCACCGUGGAUUCUGCAAUUCAGUUGUUUCUGGAGACUCAGUUGAUAUUCAGUGUGAGAUCUAUAAUGCCCAGUCUGCAGCUAUUGCUCUCACAGAAAAUAAAGACACACCAGUAGCUGUUGCUGUUCAGACUGAGACCCCAGCUGUCCAAGACCCUGCUGUCCCAGUGCAAAAAUCUGAUGCUACGCAACAACAACAGGCUUCAGUCGAUGCUCCAGCAGAUGUCAUUCAUAAGCAAGUAAAAAGAACCUUGGUUGCUCCUGAGGCUGCACCAGGUGGUGUCCCCACACUGCCUCGGUGCCCAGGCAGAAUCCGUUUCUUUUAAGCAGCAAUGAUAUUGUUAGAGUUUAAGUUAUAAUACUCUGUUCAAGUAACAGAUUGUGAGAGUAGUAAAACCAUUUUCAGAAUGCACUUGUAUGAGGAUAUAAGCUGGUAAAAUGGAAAAUAGUGUCCUAUGUCCCCUAUGACACUCACAGCCAGUACUUGUAAUGUUUAGGUGUUACUGGCCAUUGCAAAAAAAUUGUGAAAGUCCCAUGUGAAACUAGAAGGCUAAUAUUGGUGUACUGUAUGGAACAACAUACUAACAGUAGACACUACUUAAUAAAUAAUGAUUUCUAAAUGAA